GGCUCGCCACUGCCUUAGUUGGACUAUACUGACCUACCACGUGCUUUACCUGUUGCUCCUGAGCCGCGUACUGAGCUGUCCCGGCCAAAUGGCCCAGGCCGGGUAAAUUAGCGCCCCUUACCGCGCCCUUUAGGAGCUCCACUUCGCAUGCUGCGCCCUCCAGGAGCAUAGCGGCGGUGGGGCGUAGGAGCUAGGCAGGUGCACGCUGUGAGCGAGCAGCCCAGCAAAUAUGUUGAAGAGCAUGAAGCAGAAGUUCAGCGGAAAGAAGGACGCCAGCAAGAACAAGGACGACUCGCAGCCCUCGACCAGCGCUAAGGCGGGAGCUCCCGCUGCAAGCAGCAAGGCUCCUGCCCCACGGCCAAUCUCAGCCAUCCGGGAGAAGCCGCCGCUCCCAGCCAUCAACGAGCAGACUCUGCAGCAGUACUACGCGGAGCCCCUGCCCAGCUUCCGGGAUGUCUCGCCAGCGGAGAAGCAGUAUCUCUUCGUGCAGAAGCUGCACCUGUGCAGCUUCGGGUUCGACUUCGCGGACCCCACGAAGCACGUCCGCGAGAAGGAAAUCAAGCGGCAGACGCUAUUAGAGCUGGUGGACUACGCCAACUCCGGGGCUGGAAAGUUCACGGAGGGCGUCUCGGAGGAUAUCAUCUACAUGCUCAGCAACAACCUGUUCAGGACGCUGCCCCCGGUCCGGAGCCAUGGCGAUGCAGAGGGCAACUACGACGCGGAGGAGGAGGAGCCCAGCCUGGACCCCGCGUGGCCCCACCUGCAGAUCGUCUACGAGUUCCUCCUGCGCUACGUGGUGUCCAAUGACACGGACGCCAAGAUAGCGAAGAAGUACAUCGACCAGCAGUUCGUUCUGAAGCUGCUGGAGCUGUUCGACUCGGAGGACCCCCGGGAACGCGACUACCUCAAAACGAUCCUGCACCGCAUAUAUGGCAAAUUCAUGGUGCACCGGCCGUUCAUUCGCAAGGCCAUCAACAACGUCUUCUACCGCUUCAUCUUCGAGACGGAGCGGCACAACGGCGUGGCGGAGCUGCUCGAAAUCCUCGGCAGCAUCAUUAACGGGUUCGCGCUGCCGCUGAAGGAGGAGCACAAGCUGUUCCUGCAACGCGCGCUGAUGCCGCUUCACAAGCCUAAGUGCGUGGCCAUGUACCACCAGCAGCUGGCGUACUGCGUGACGCAGUUUGUGGAGAAGGACUCGAAACUGGCGGAGCCGGUGCUGACGGCGCUCUUGAAAUACUGGCCAGUAACAAACAGCCAAAAGGAGGUGCUGUUCCUCGGGGAGCUGGAGGAGAUCCUGGAGCUCACGCAGGCGCCAGAGUUCCAGAAGGUCAUGAUCCCGCUCUUCCGGCAGCUCGCGAAGUGCCUAAACAGCCAGCACUUCCAGGUGGCGGAGCGCUCGCUGUUCCUGUGGAACAACGAAUACAUCGUCAACCUGGUGGCGCAGCACCGGCACCAGCUACUGCCCAUCCUGUUCCCGGCGCUGGAGGAGAACACCAACAGCCACUGGAACCCGGCGGUGCACGGCUUGACCUGCAACGUGCGGAAGAUGUUCCAGGAGCUCGACGAAGCGCUGUACGAGGAGUGCAAGCGCAAGUACGAGGAGGAGCAGACGUCGGAGCGCGCGGCCAUGGAGACGCGGGACCGCAAGUGGGAGUACCUCCAAAAGCUGGCGGUGCAGAAGAGCAACGGGCGGCCGCUCCCCGAGGUCAAGCCGCUGUCCGCACUGCUAAGAGUAUAGUGCGCACGGCAGCGUUGGCGGGCCAUGCAGCUUGCUUAAGCCGAUGGGCCAGCGCGGCGCGCUGGUGGCGGGCAACUGGUGGGUUGGCCGGCGGUGUGCGGGUGCGCCGGUGCCUGCUGGGGAUUCAGGGCACGAGGACAUCGUCCGGCGCCGGCUAAGCCGACCCGGGCAUUUUGCGAGCCCCAGCGGGAAUGCUUGCGCACGGCUACUUGCACGCUGACCAUUCAGCAUGCUGGCCGCAAGCAGGUGCCGCACUGUGUGCGGGUGGCUUGCCCCUCGAACUGUGGACGGGUUUGGUGCCGUGGGAACGAACAUGUGCUGCGAUCGGCUCAGGGCUCGAUGUGGCGCUUUUGUGUGCCCAUGUUGUGUGUUCUGUAGUAGGUUGUUAGAGCGGUUACUAGAGCCGCCGUUAAGAGCUUCAAUGAGCGCGUGUUGCGCCUCACACCCACAUGGGGCCGGCACUAGCGUGUACCAAUAACUGAGUGCAUUCCGCGCCUGUGUGUUGGUUUGGGCUGCCUGGCGCUUGGGUUUGUGUUUGGUCGACAGCCGAUGGUGAACGGACGUUGGCGGCAAACACCGUUGUAGUUUCAGGAGCGCAUGCAACUCACUCGCAUGUGCAAGCAUGUCCGCUUCAAAGGAAGGGCGGAAACCAUGGAAAUAGGGGUAGGUUAGGGAUACACAUCCGCACCGGGUCGUUUGGACACCAGCUAGGACUGUCGGAUGAAGAUGUGGUGUGGUAGCUCGUGUAGCGAGCGGACACAGAGCACGGGGGAGGAGGCGUUGGUGCACAGUGGACCUCCCGCUCAAGGAAUGAGAGCACGAGUGCACGGGAAGGCCUUCCCCGGCGAGCUCAAUGGAGUGCCGACUGCGCGAAUCGACCAGUGCGGCUGCGAGCCUGAACUGUUGCAUUUGGUGGAACACAGGAAGUGGGCCUGGACACUGGCGUGUGACACCGCACUAGCGCUGCCGCGGCGGCGUUGACGGAACCCUAUGACGGGACAUUACACUGCCAGUGCCGCAGGCCGGGCAGCAGUGGAGGCUAAAUGCGAAAUGCUCUUCUCAUGCUAUAUAAAACUGUGUCUGCUGCAAACCGCUGUGUAGUGAAACGUGCGCCUGGGGGGGGGCAAGGGCCGCUGCAGCUGCAGGACGGGUAUGCAUGCUGGCUGUAGUCAGGUCUGGGGGAGGUGUUGCGGUCAGCCUGCUGCUGCCAGCUGCGCAACAGCUACAGCUCGCAGGGCACUUCACCCUGACGGCAAUAAGGCUGGAAAAGAUCGACGGUGCUGCCAACCAGCGCUUUGCACGGCAUACGGUACACGCGCAAUUUGGGGGUCUCUGGAGUCGGCAGUUCGGCACUCCGGUGAUAUGGAUGCGAAUUACAAUUGAAGGGACAGUCCGACAAGCACUCCGGUGAUAUGCAAGUUGCCCUGCGACAGUGCGACUCCGUA